AUGUCCAACGACGAUCUCAAGGCGCACGCCGCCUCAAACCAAGACUUCUAUGCCCUCCUAGAUGUCCAAGCGUCCGCUACCGAAACCGAGAUUAGACGCGCAUACCGCCGCACAGCUCUGAAGUACCACCCCGAUAAAAUUGCAAACCCCACAGCAGCCGACAUCGACAAGUUCCACAUCCUUCAGAUCGCCUACGAUGUCCUUUCCGAUCCAGAUGUCAAACAGCUAUACGACAAUGCGAGGGAAGCGCGACUGCGCAAGCAGCGCGAGCGGGAGAUGAUGGGUGCAGCGAAGCGGAAGAUGCGCGAGGAUCUAGAAGCUCGUGAGAGGGCAGGCGCUACAGAAGGUGCUACGCAAGGUGUCAAAAGGUCAUGGAUGGGCGAUGAUGAUGCGGAAGAGAAAUUACAGCGGGAGAUUGAGAGGAUCGCUGAGGAUGGAAGGCGCAGACGACGCGAGGCGGAUGAAAAGCGCAAGAAGGAGGUGGAUGAUGCGCAGAAGAAGGUGCAGGAGGAGGAGGAGCAAGCGCGGAAAGCGGCGGACCGCAGCAGUCAGCGUGUGGAUCGGACGAAAGAUGCGGUUGUUCCUGAGCUUGAGCGUGCGGUGAAAGUGCGUUGGGUUAGGGAGGGCCGUGGGCUGGAGCUUGAUAUUGAACGGCUGGCUGUUCUAUUUGAGCCUUUUGGGAAGGUUGAGAAUACCUUCAUGCUCAAGGAUAAGCGCCAGCGAGUUGGAGAGAAGAAAGAAAAGAAGACGUUUGCGACGGGUGUCAUUGUUUAUGUUUCGAUCGUGAGCGCCCACGCUGCUGUCAUUGAUAGCGAGAAGAAGCUUCGCCAGCAUGCGGGCCAGGAUGGCGAGUGGGGUCUCAUCGAGUCCGUUUUCUGGGCAUCAGGAAACCAACCCGACUUGGGAGCCCAGGCAGCUGAGCCCGCACCGGAUACACCAACCACAUCAAGUCAAACCUCAAACGGUGCCCCCAAACCCUCAUUCAAGUUCCCCGGUCUGAAUUCGGCCCCACCUCCAUCAGGAACAAAGCCAUCAUUUGGCUCGUUUGCUUCUGCAUCCGCCGCGGCAGCUGCGCCGAAGGCAUCAUCGUUCAAGCCGUCACCGGGCACGCCUAGUUUGCAGGAAGUGACGAUGAUGAAUCUGAAGAAUGCGCAACGAGAGAAGGAGCGGAAAGCGCUCGAAGAAGAGCUUGCCCGCGAAGACGAAGCCGCAGACGCCGCAGAAGCAGCAGCCAAGGCUACCUAG